AUGAAGUCGAAUUUUAGCGGCGCGGAGUUGACGUUUCUCGGCACGUCGAGCGGGGCGCCGAGCUUUACGCGAAACGUCUCGUCGGUGGCGUUGAGGUUAGAGAACGAGGUUUGGUUGUUUGAUUGCGGUGAGGCGACGCAGCAUCAGUUGAUGCGGUCGAAGCUGAAGUAUGCGAAGAUCACGAGGAUUUUUAUCACGCACAUGCACGGGGACCACAUCUUCGGUUUGCCCGGGUUGAUUUGCGCGAUUAGCGGCGCGCGCACGGCGCACUCGAGGUCGUACGGUGGUUCUGUCGUGCCUUUGCACAUCAUAGGCCCGCCGGGGAUACGGCAGUUCAUUUACUCAUCCAUCACGUGGUCGAGAUCGGUGCUCGGGAUGCCGCUGAUCGUGACAGAGUUGAGGCAGCCUGCGCGCGCGAGCGGCGGCUCGCCCGCGGCGCACACCGAGCAGCUGCCGAUUUGGACCGCGUAUAACGAUGGAAACUUUUGCGUUCGCGCCUCGGUGCUGCGACAUCCCGUGCCGUGCUUCGGUUACGUCAUCGACGAGUGUGACGCCAGCGGUCGGCUCGACGCCGAGAAGUGUGUGGAGAUGGGACUGCCUCCAGGGCGCGAAUAUGCCAUGCUUAAAGCAGGGCAGUCGGUGACGACGAAGGAUGGACGCGUGAUUCGUCCCGAAGACGUCAUAGGCACGCCUCGACCGGGGCGUCGACUGGUGCAUCUCGGCGACACGUGCGACAGCAGCUCGAUGGUUUCCCUGGCGCAGGGUGCGGAUUCCUUAAUUCACGAAUCUACGUUUGAAGCAAAGAAAGUGUCAGAGGCGCUGUACAAAGGACACUCCACGGCGCGCAUGGCUGGGAAGUUUGCCGCGCAAGUCAACGCGCGCGCGUUGAUUUUAACGCAUUUUUCAAAUCGCUACGCCGGCGGCCUCUCAGCUUAA